AUGGAGCUUGUCGAAGUAAAACUCCCGACAGAACAAAAUAAUCCUAAGAAAAGGGGCACCAAUUGGACUUCAGAGGAGGAGAUCCUCCUCAUAGAAGAGGUUUUGAAGUAUGAAGAGACCCUCUUCGGUAAAAUGAAGGGCUCGGGGGUGAAGGGUAAACAUGGCAAAUUGAAAGAAUCUACGUGGAAAUCCAUCGCAGAAACCCUUAACUUAAGCUACAAAAAUGACAGAGACAACGACACAGUAAAGAAGAAAUUUAACAACAUCAAACAAAGAGGUAAAGAAAAGAUUGACAUGUUGAGAAGGCCAAAGACAGGCGGUGGUCCGGCGCCUUCUUCCCUAACAGCUUCCGAGGACGCAUUGAUGCAAGCCUUUGAAGGGCGACCACAGAUAUGCGGACUGCCGGAUGGAAUAGACACAGACGCAACAUAA